UGGGAUUUGUUUGUUUAGCUCGAUUUCUGAUAAUAUGAAUAAAGGCUUUUCGUCCGCAAGAGAUGUGAGGCCAAUAGCCAGUGUGCUUUACCAAUUCCCUGUUUCAUCUUUCCGCGUUUUGCUUAUGUUAUCUAUUACCAACGACGUCCAACAUAAUGAUUCGCAUAGCUGCAGCAACCAAACCCUCAUGCGCAGCCUGGACCUUCCGUAUGACACGGGAUUCGACCAUGGGGUUUUUAUUCACGGUCAUGCGAACACUGGGAUAUCUUUAGGCACACCUGAUGCGAAUGGAUCCCGGUUGCUUGAAAACCAGAAGCAGUAACCUAACAUUCACUUUCGGAACGCAGAUUCCGUUGUUUUUUGCGUUCUCUAUGCAUCUUCGUCUUAACUGACACGCAUUGCUUUCGUUUUCCUAUUUGACAAGAACUACAGAUAUUUGGUGUAAACCCCAACUUUUUUUCGAUAACGAUGCGGUCAUUUUUGUGCCUAACGCAAUAAGAACAAUGAAGCACUACUAAAAACAGUGGAAAUUAAAAAAGCAAAACCCGGCCAUACACAAAAUAAGACUGAACUACUUUUAUAUUGCCGAAUCUUCCUAAUAUUUUACACAGACGGAUUUAUUUCAAACAGUUUCUCAAUUGUACCUCUACCAUUAUGAAAAUACGCCAA